AUCAAAGUGCCUUGUUGUCAAACUUGCCACUUUUGAUGCUAACGUUGAUAAAGUGUCUUUUGAAAACUUUUACGUUUCGUGAUGUUGCGGAAUAUUGUACAGCUUAAAUGAUAAUGGAUGUUUGGGUAUUUUUGUCAGUUCACGAAACCUAAUUUUGUACAAUCAUGCUGUUACUCAGGGUUGUUUUUCCUUCCAUGUUUCAGCACCGUCCACUUCGGACAUCUCCACUACAAGGCUUGAUCAGACAGUAUCCAAGGAUCCAACCAACCAUGACAGACUCGCUAAAGAGAAAAAAACACUGGUCACCGGUUUUACCAUCGCCCGUAAUUAGAGAACAUCUGGCGAUCCAGGAGAGGGCACUAAGCUACACAUCUGCCACUGGCUCAUACUGCAGUUGGAGCACUGAAGUGAACCUGGGGCCUCCGGCAUCGUCCACCAAAAACAUCCCAGCCGAGGACAGGCAUAUCAGACAGUACUACGAAGCCCUACAGUACACUCUGUACGAGACUGGAUACCCGGAGACCGUGGACAGGACGGCAAACCCCCGUACGGAAUACACCUCGAGAGACCCCGCUAUUGUCAUUCUCUCUUCCCCAGUGGAAUGUAUGUGUUUUCUGCUGGAGGGCGGGCGUCAAUGUCCCGGCGACAUGAUCCUAGUAAUGUCCACGACUUGGCUCUCCAAGGCCCCAUCUGACGAUCGCUGUGGUCACAGCGACUCCCACACGCUCUACGUCCACAAAGGUAUCACCAGUGACAGGGCAGGCAAUACUUUCAUCGACUGUUUCGACCCUCCAAGACGCGUCACUUAUUUCAUGGACUUUUUCACGAAUGCCUGCACCAGCAGACAGAGAUGCGACGGAGAGGAAGUGGAGCGCCACCUGGAGUGUCCGAUGAGCAGCUCGGUGCAGUUGUCUGCCAUUGUCGACGACAAGUUGCUGACGCGGAUUCUAGCGGGCCAGGCCGGUGUACCUUACCCAAAGACACUAGCCUUCCCUUACAAAUCCUCUCUUACCUACGACACGGCGUUGUCGGGCAUCACCGUCUUCCCGUUGUCCACAACAGCAGGGGUGGUUAACAUUAUUUCUGCUGCCAUCACGAAGUUCCUUAAAUCAGAGGAGAUUGAAGUCUACGCAAAGAUGGUAGUGAAACCGUCGGGACCUAUGUGGUUCGGAAGCCAGAACGUGUCCGUCCAUAGCAAAGGCAACCAUGAAUCUAUCAUCGGCGCCGCCGUGGAAAUUCUACCGUUUCUGUCCGAGGGGGACGCCAUACUGGUGGAGACGUUCUGUGAGCCUGUACAGAGGGUGCGGCCAAUGAAAAUCAGUUCUGUGAAAAAUAAAGCCACCCGACCGCCUUCUCAGCUAAGUUUCCGUUUACGCGCCAACGUGUGUAGGAACCCGGAUGAUGAAGCCGUGAUGACGUCGAUAACUUGUGGGGUUGGCAAUGCAUGUCAACCAAUAAACGGGGACAACACCGUUGUACAGAGUCUGGAGGAGACCCUCAAAACGUGGGGUAUUUCGGACUCUAGGGAACGCCAGAGCGUGUACGAUGACAUAAAGCACAAAUCAGAGGCAACACUGAACGCUAUUAUGAAAUUUGAGGAGAAUUUGCCAUCGUGUAUGAAGGGCACAGUUGGGGCGCAAACAGAUCUCAUUGGUAUCGACUACGUCUUGACGCGUGAUUCUGGGAUGUUAUCAGCUGUUCUCGUAGAAGUGAACUCCCAUGACUGUACCAUCAAUAACCAAAUAUUUGAGUUCGUCAACCCUGCAUCGUCGGGUGAAGCCGUUAGACUGCUGGUCAGGACGAUGUUGACGAGAUCAUUAAGGUACAUCAUGAGAGGCAAGAUCGUCUUGGUGAUAGGUGCCGGUGGGGUCAGUAAACACUUCGUCUGGGAGGCCGCCAACGAAUACGGUAUUCAGGUGUAUCUCAUAGACACUGAUGUAAACCACUUUGCCGCUCGACUGGUGAAAGAGUUCAUUCGCAUGGACAUAUCUGACCAUACCCAUGACGGCAAACACGCAAGCGCGAUAGUAGAUCUUAUCCAGGGGAGGCAACUCACGAUAGACGGGUGUGUCACUUUCUGGGAGGAUUGUGUGCCCUUGACCGCCAUGAUCUGUGAGAAGCUGUCGCUCACAGGAGCGGGUGUCCAAGGUGCUAUUAACGCCAAGACUAAAUCUUUGACCCAAAAAGUGCUCUCUGGUAGAAAUGCAGACAUCCCGCAUUGGCCCCGAACACAUUUGUAUGCGUCGAAGACAAGCCGAAUCGAGAGUCACAUGGAUAUUGAAAACGCUGUAAACAUCAUAGGUUUCCCGGCUGUCAUGAAACUGGAAUACGGGUCAAGUGCAGUAGCCGUGGAACUGGUGGAAAACGUCGACCAGUGUCACGACCAUUUAGACAAAGUCCAGCGGGAUCUGCAAACGGAGUCGGAUCUCCCCGGGAUCGGACUGGGCCACGGGAACGCUAUGCUGCUCAUGGAAUAUGUGGACGGAACCGAACACGACGUGGACAUUAUCAUUUACCGCCGGAAAUUGGUGGCCGCUUUCGUGUCCGACAACGGUCCGACAAAUCUACCCAACUUCACGGAGACGUCGGCGGCCAUGCCUACGUACCUGUCGCCAGGUAAACGAAACCAGUUGGUAGUGGCCGCCUACCAGUGCUGUACCGAGAUUGGACUAGAAAACGGAACGUUUAACGUGGAGAUGAAAAUGACGCCAGCAGGGCCCAAAUUACUGGAAAUCAACGGAAGAAUGGGCGGAUUCUACCUGCGGGAUUGGAUAAAAACGUGCUACAAAGUUGACAUCUUACUCUGUUCGUUUGCGAUAGCGUGUGACGUCAGGCCUAUUGGUACCACCCAAGACCCAACAACGCACAUUUUAGGACUGAUGUUGACACCGGGACAUCACGCGCAGGCCUUAACGCCGGAAAAACUGGCAUUUCUGAGAACACUGGACACCAACGGCGUCAUACGCUUCAACCAGCUGGAAGAGUCGCCAGAACCCGAAGACUAUGAUGUUCCGUUCUGCAACAUUGCCGUGCUGGCCUCAGAUCGGGACCACGCCAAGACUAGGUUGAUUGACAUCGGGAAGUUGAUCGGCAUAGACUCUCAGACCGUGCCGAUGUCGUAUUGGUUUGAGGAUUUUUGUAGUGAUUCGUAAUAAUUCUGCAGCCGAUCCGUAACAUGUUAGUAAGGAUCCAUAAGCUUUUUGUAAUAGUCCAUAACAUUUUUUUAGUCGUCCAUAAGAUUUUUGUAAUGAUCUUUAACAUUUUAGUAAUUAUCCAUAACAUCUUCGUAAUGAUCCAUAGCGUUACUGUUCGUCGUCAUAUGACUGAUUGUACGACGUAAAAAAAAGUACGACGUAAAACGUAAGCAUACGUACAUGUAACAUUACCGACGUAAACACAUUAUCGCCUUUGCAAUUUUAUA